CUUUCUUGUUCUCUUUAUGACAGUUUCCCUCUUUCUCUCUCAUUCUAUCUGCUUUACCUUUUGUUUACUAUGUAUUCGUUUGCCCUGAUUCUUAGGGUUCCAAAAUCGAUUUUAUAAAUGCGACAUUUUGACUGAGAGAAAAGAAGAAGAUAGACUGAAUGGAGCCUCCAAGGGGAAUAUUGUCUUCUCUGUGGCGAUUCAUACUCUUCAUUCCUUAUUUCACUGGCUUACUCCUUCUGGGUGUUCUUAAGGGUAUCCUUUUCUGCCCGCUAAUAUGCCUUAUCAUGGCUAUUGGAAACUCUGCAAUCAUCUUAGGCCUUUUACCAGUACAUGGCAUUUGGACUCUAUAUUCAAUAUCAAGUGCUCAACAGUUAGGUCCAAUCUUGAAGCUAUUUCUGUGCUUAUGCCUUCCACUCGGCAUCAUCCUCUGGCUUGUUGUUAGUAUCGUAGGAAGUAUCCUCGGAGGAGCUGUGUAUGGCUUUCUUUCCCCAAUAUUCGCCACCUUUGAUGCUGUUGGCGAAGGGAAGUCUAAUCCGCUUUUCCAUUGCUUUUACGAUGGAACUUGGAGCACCGUUAAAGGCAGUUUCACUGUUGUCUGCGAUUUUAGAGACGUUUGCUUUCACUCCUACUUUUCUUUUAUGGAUGAUCUCAGAACAUCUGGCGCGGAUCCUCACUAUUAUGAAAUAAGGUUACUCCAACUUCCAGGCGCUGGGAUUGCUGGGGUUAUUGGAGUUAUUGUUGACUUCCCAGUGAUUUCACUCAUUGCCUUAUUUAAAAGCCCAUACAUGUUGUUCAAAGGCUGGCGCCGUUUGUUUCAUGAUCUCAUUGGACGUGAAGGUCCUUUCUUGGAGACCAUGUGUGUCCCUAUCGCAGGCCUUGUGAUCUUACUUUGGCCUUUAGGUGUUGUGGGGGCAGUUCUAGGAUCUGUGGUCUCUAGUGUAUUCCUUGGUGCCUACGCAGGUGUAGUCUCAUAUCAGGAAUCUUCGUUUUACUUUGGCCUCUGCUAUGUUGUUGCUUCUUUGUCGAUUUACGAUGAGUAUAGCAAUGAUGUUCUUGACAUGCCUGAAGGCUCUUGCUUUCCCAGGCCAAAGUUUCGAAGAAAGGAAGAGGAAGGUGGUGGUACUGGUGGUCUUUCAAGACCAAGCUCUUUCAAGACAACUCCAUCAAGAGGAGGCUCAAACAAAGCCCCAAUGAUUGACCUGAAGCCACUUGACCUUCUAGAAGCUCUUUUUGAGGAAUGUAGGAAGUACGGAGAGACUAUGGUAACGAAAGGGAUUAUAAACUCAAAGGACAUAGAAGAAGCUAAGUCUAGCAAAGGCAGUCAAGUGAUCAGCACUGGCUUACCCGCUUAUUCCCUUCUUUACGAGCUUUUACGCUCUAUCAAAUCCAAUUCCACGGGUUUGUUACUCGGUGACGGUGUAACGGAGAUAACAACAAGGAACCGCCCUAAAGAUGCCUUCUUUGAUUGGUUUCUGAAUCCGUUUCUGAUCAUUAAAGACCAGAUUGAAGCAGCGAAUCUAUCUGAACAAGAAGAAGAGUAUCUUGGAAAGUUGGUAUUGCUGUUUGGAGAUUCAGAGAGACUUAAAAGCUCCAUUACCGAAUCUGAAUCUCCUCCUUUGUCGGAGUUAAGAAAAGCAGAACUUGACUCCUUUGCUCGCAGGCUUCAAGGAUUGACCAAAUCAGUAUCAAGAUAUCCAACGUUCAGAAGACAUUUUGUGGAACUAGUGAAGAAACUAUCAAAUGAUCUAGACAAGAAACAUAACCGGUUUGAAGGCGGUGGUUCAAGACCGGUUAAGAAAACCGUAUCUCGGAUUUUCAGCCAGAAAUCGUUCAAGAAAAAGACGAGUAACAAUGGGUCAGAUCAAGAUUCGCCAAACCGUGGCUUAAGAGACAUUGAUAUUGUGUAA